AGUUUUUUAAUCACUCUUAAGUGUGCUCUAUGUAGAAGGAUAUAGGCUGACUUUCCAAAUCAUGCUGUUCUGUUUCUCCUCUGGUUUUCUGUCAGUGAAAUGGAGUAUUGUACAGGCACAGGGAUUUAGAAAAGUUGGGUGUAUGUAUACCUGUGACUAACUGACCUGCCCAAAUCCAUGGAAAACUGAGGACCAUUGCAGACCUUUUCACACUGCGCUCAGAAUUGCAAACAAGAUGUUUAAUUGUUUUCACAUUACUAAACAAGUAUGUGGCGUGUGUUCAUCUAUGGGAAUGGUGCUGUCAGAAUGCCCCACAAUGCUUGGAUCUGUCUUUGAAGAGAGAUUUCAAUUCUGAUUUCUUCUAGACUGUGCUCAGGCAAUAUCAGAGGUUGGGAUUUACAUGCUGGUGUACUAAAGGUCAGAAGCUAUUUCUUCUGUCUCCUAGAUUUCUAACAUUCUUACAAGUGCAUGGUUACAUGCAGAUUGCCAUAAUUAUGGUAACGUUGUUGCACAUUUAUACACACACACACACACACACACACACACACACACACACACACACGCAUUCUGAAUAGCAGAUGCACACCCAGCUUUUCUGUCAACCUAGGCUGUCAUCUUUCUUUUCCUUAGUAGAAUAUAGCUAUCCUACCAUCUGCUUAGGGCGAUGUUGUAGUCAAAACUGUAACAAUAAUGAAACUUUCACAGACCGUUAAGGGUCUGUUUUCUUUUGUGUGUAUAUAUACUUGGUUUCUCCAAAUUAAAGCUACACUGAGAGAGCCCUUUCUUUGACAGACAGGUCAUCCAGUCUUCAGUGAUCACUCUUUCCUGUACUAACAGGAAGAAAAAAAUAAUAGCUAUGGAGUUGACAGCAGUGCAAAAACUUCUUCAAAUCUUUUUGGGGAAAAUAAGAAUAAAUACCUUUUUUUGUCCUACAAAUUACUAUUAUUAACUGUAGCAAAAAAUAGAAAGCAUCUACCUGUUUCUAAAGUAUCCGUUUGUCUUCAGAGAGGGUUAAUGUUUUCCCUAUGGUCUAUGGCAUAUUAGAAUUUGAAGAAAAACAAAAGAAAAACCAAAGCAAAAUACAGUAGAUCCAAAAACUUGGGAGAUUUAAAUAAAAUUUCUGAAUAUGUGUGUCUCGUAGAUUUUAAAGGGGUCUUUCAUGAUAAAAUUGUAUUCCUAGGACUUAAGAACAGAGCUGUGAUUUUUUGACUGUGUUCCAGCCUGUUUAUGCCCUUGUGAUAGCUUAAUGAAUCUUGAAAGCAUCACCCUCAGGACAGAUGAAUUGCCUGAACAAAACAGAAAACAGUAUGAAAGCUUAUUGUUCAUAGUUUUUCUCAUUCAUGAUCUCUCAUCUGAGAGUGUAGGAAGGAUGAAAAUGAAUGUGUGUACAAUACUUUUACCUCAGGAUGUUGUGAGCUGUAAAAUAGCUUUUAAAAUAUUCUAAAGUGGAGUAGACUCAGAAGCAGAUCUAUUCGGAGCUGUCUAGUAAUAGUAAUAAUAAUAAAUAAUAAUACUAAUGCAAGCAGUAAUAGUUUAUAUCCCAGGCCACUGCUGAAGUAUUUGUUAGUGAAUAGAAUGAAACACGAGUUGCAGAAGCGCAGACCAGAUGGAAUUUCUUCGUCAGAGUUUGUUGAACUUGAUUAAAAUGAGAGAAGAAUUGUGGUAGCUUCAACAUGUGGGAGACUUUAUUUCCCAUGGAUGAAAUACAGUACCAUAGUACAGAACUGAAUAUUGAAUAAGUAGCUGUCUCAUUAGAUUAAAAUUUUCAGUUUUUAACUUCAAGCCUAUGUUUUUUUGUAUUUUUAUAUACUGGCCCUUUGCCUAUACUGGUGUAACUUUUAGCAGUGCUCACUGGUAAGUAUCUCUGCUGAUCUGGAUAAGAACUUGGAUCAUCUCUGUAAUGAGAAUUGAGGUAUUUAAGCAGUUACCCAUCCUAUCUCCUCAUAGCCCUACUAUUCAUGAGCAAUAGAGAAUAUAGAACAAGACUUUUGUGUCCGAAACAGCAAGAAGCAGCCGUGAAACUGCUGAAGCAUUGGAACUAGCAUCCAGAGGGGAUGGAAUGUCUUUGCUUUGGAAGACCUCCCCACUUGGCUGAACAAGGCCCUGGAUAACUUCCUUGAUUUUUAAAUUAGCCCUGUUUGGGGUAGGUUAGACUAGAUCACCUUGAGUUAUCCUUUCCAGUGUAAAUUUUUCUAAUACUUUGAUUAUCCAUUUGGGUAAAGUCAGUCUCCUUAAAGAGAGUCAGAUGUGGAAGUACAUAGCUUUGAAAUUUUGAUGGGGGUUAUUGUAGCGGAAAUUCUAAGUCACGACCUGAAGUAGUGAUGGAGCACCUGGUGGGAAGGCAGGGCCAGCCCAGAGGAGCUCAGGAGCAUGUGAUGCACCUCAGUAACCAGGAGGGGGGUGGAUCCAGGAUCCACCCCUUUCCAGACCUCAUUUAAGGGUUGGCAGUGGAGGUGGGGGCAUUUCCUGCUGGAGAUCUCUGCUUACCUGGGGCCUUCUAAGGCUAUCUGCAUCAUAUUGGUGCAUUUACUGAUAAAAUACCGACUUCAUUUUUUACCAGAAAGCGUAGCUGUUGUUUCUUUAGGUAUCCUUAUGGGAGCUUUUAUAAAAAUCAUAGAGGCUCAGAAGCUGGCCAACUGGAAGGAAGAAGAAAUGUUUCGUCCAAAUAUGUUUUUUCUGCUUUUGCUUCCACCUAUUAUAUUUGAAUCUGGAUAUUCAUUGCACAAGGGCAAUUUUUUUCAGAACAUAGGUUCCAUCACGCUGUUUUCUGUAUUUGGCACAGCAAUAUCAGCUUUCAUAGUAGGUGGUGGAAUUUAUUUCCUGGGCCAGGCUGAUGUUAUUUAUAAACUGAACAUGACAGACAGUUUUGCAUUUGGCUCUUUAAUAUCUGCAGUUGAUCCUGUGGCUACCAUUGCCAUUUUCAAUGCCCUCAAUGUGGAUCCUGUACUUAACAUGUUGGUUUUUGGAGAAAGCAUUCUCAAUGAUGCAGUCUCUAUUGUCUUAACCAACACUGCAGAAGGCUUGACAAGAGAAAAUAUGUCAGAUGUAAGUGGAUGGCAAACUUUUCUACAGGCACUGGGAUACUUUCUUAAGAUGUUCUUUGGCUCUGCAGCACUUGGCACACUUACUGGCCUUAUUUCUGCAUUAGUGCUAAAGCACAUUGAUUUAAGAAAGACACCCUCUCUAGAGUUUGGGAUGAUGAUUAUCUUUGCUUACCUUCCUUAUGGACUUGCAGAAGGUAUCUCACUCUCAGGUAUCAUGGCAAUCCUAUUCUCUGGCAUCGUGAUGUCCCACUAUACACACCAUAACCUCUCCCCUGUUACACAGAUAUUAAUGCAGCAGACACUGAGAACCGUUGCUUUCAUGUGUGAAACAUGUGUUUUUGCGUUUCUUGGCCUGUCAAUUUUUAGUUUUCCUCACAAGUUUGAGAUGUCCUUUGUCAUCUGGUGCAUAGUACUUGUUCUGUUUGGUAGAGCAGUGAAUAUUUUCCCCCUUUCCUACCUACUUAACUUCUUCCGUGAUCAUAAAAUCACCCCUAAAAUGAUGUUUAUCAUGUGGUUCAGUGGUUUACGUGGCGCAAUUCCCUAUGCACUCAGCCUCCAUUUGGGCUUGGAACCAAUAGAGAAGCGUCAGCUCAUUGGGACAACAACAAUCAUCAUAGUGCUGUUCACAGUUUUGCUGCUGGGAGGAGGAACUAUGCCCCUUAUCAGACUGAUUGACAUUGAAGACUCUAAAGCACGCAAGAGGAACAAAAAGGACAUUAACCUUAGCAAAACAGAGAAAAUGGGAAAUACCGUAGAAUCCGAGCAUUUAUCAGAGCUCACAGAGGAGGAAUAUGAAGCCCAGUACAUAAAACGCCAGGACCUCAAAGGGUUUAUGUGGCUUGAUGCUAAGUAUUUGAAUCCUUUCUUCACCAGAAGACUCACACAAGAAGACUUGCAUCAUGGGCGCAUACAGAUGAAAACCCUCACAAACAAAUGGUAUGAAGAGGUACGUCAAGGACCCUCGGGCUCUGAAGAUGAUGAGCAAGAGCUGCUAUAGCAGACUGGGGAAGAAGCACAAGGAGUUUAUCAUUAGACUUUAGAAGGUGAAUUUAACUAUCAAGAGUCUGACUGCACAAAAGCUUCUCAUUUUGGGCAUAUCUUGUACUAUGUGUUUAAACAUCAAAAAGCGGAUCUGCUCUGCUUGGUAUUACUAGCCAGUGACUGAGCCCCUUAAGUGUCAGACUCUGGAUUGAAUGAUGGACUUCUCACAUCUUACAUCACAGCAAAUUUCAUGCAGCCUGUGGGGGAAAAAAGUGGAAACAUCUGCCACGAAAUGGUAGCAUUGUUUAAUGUGGGGUCUUAUCAUAAAGCCUGUUGUAAAUGUGUUUGAAGUACAGAGCCAUCAUAUGACUCUGCAAAAUAGGGUGAGUUGCAGCUUGCUGCUUUUUUUUCUUUUGAAAUGUGUACCUAUUCACAUAGAGAGGCUUGACAGUUUAUACUAUGAAUUUGCUUCAGCACUAGUAAGGGAAUCUGGCUGGAAUAAAUCCAUGAUUUAUGAGACUUACAUGAUCAUAGAAUGAUUUGGUUUGGAAGAGACUUUAGAGAUCAUCCAGUUCCAGCCUCCCCUGCCUCAGGGGCAUAGAAGGCCACAGACUUGCACAUUGUGAAUCCAGAGAAGAUCAGUACCUUGACAAAAAGCAGAUGCUGCACACAAAGAAGAACCUCUUAAAACAUAUUUUUGUCAUAUAAAAUUGUCUUGCUUUCUAUUUAAUGGGAUGUUUUAUUUUUAUAUUGAGAUGUCAUAAUCAGUACUGUGGAUUAGACAUGACUUGCAAGAGGUGGGGAUAGUAUGACAUUAAAACUGUAAUUUCAAA